AUGGGAGACGAGGUCACGCAGAAGAUAGAGAAGGAGGUGGAAGAUCUUCAGGGAGCUCUCAAAGACCAGCUGAAGACCCAAAGAGACCUUGGAGACCUCGAGGCGAACUUAAAGUCUGAAACGUUUACGCUGGAGAGGGCAACUGAGGAACACAAAGCAGCUGCAGAAGAGGCCAAGAACAAGCUAUUCUGGAAGAACUUCAAGUACUUUCUCAUUGCAGGGAUAGUGGUGGUGCUACUUUUGUUCGGGAUUUUUGGAAACAUUUUCAAGAAAUGA